CAGCAGUGAGCGCUAGGGGGCAGCCGCAAGCGCAGGGGCCGUGGACUGCCCAAAGGGAGUCCGUGUGCAGGGACGAGCAGGCGCGCGCGCUGAUUGGCCAACGCGGCUUUUGCUGCUGCUGAACCCCAAGAGUCAGUGAGGGGGCGCGCAAGAGCGCGCACGGGGGGACAUCAGCGUGGACGCGCCUGCAGGAGCGGCGCACGAGAGCGCGCGAGCGGGGAAAGGAGCGAGCAAGCGAAAGAAGCUGGCUGGCAGGCAGGCAGCUGUGGUGAAGACGGAGCUGGUUGAUGCCCGCCGCACAGGAUGGAUCAAGCCUGCGAAGUGAGCAGGAGGAGCUGCCUGUCCCCUUUCGCCAGCUCCUUAGUGUUAGAUGCCCCGGAGAACGGGGACAGCCCUUAUGGGGGGGAGGGCCAGAGCUGUAGCCCCGAGCCACCUAAUGGGUGCACCAUGCAGCUGCCCGUGGCAGCGUCCAAGGCUGCUGCCUAUGGCCAAGACCCUUCCUCCUGCUAUAUCCCGCUGCGUAGGCUGCAGGAUUUGGCCUCAAUGAUCAAUGCCGAAUAUCUGAAUGGCUCAAAAGAUGCCUCUGACUGUUUGCAGGAACUGGAAAGGAGCGACAUCUCCAGCCCUGAGCCACCGGAGCUCUGCAGUUCUUCAGCGCUGGCAGACCCAGAAGACUUGCACAUCCAACAAGACACUGCAAGACUCCUGGAUUUUGAGACACUCGAGGACGAGGAUGAAGAUUCUGAAACUUCAUUUUUAACAGCAGAAGAAAAUCCAGAGGAAGGAAUUAAGUUCCCAAUGAAAAAUACGACCUCAGCAUCCUGCACUAAGGCAGAAUUUGGGAAUGGAACAGAACUUAUUCAAGAGAAUCAGCAAAGCACCUCCAUAGGCGUUAGAUACAAUGAGACAGUUUCUGCCCUGCUGUCACCCCCCAUUCUUCAAGAGCAAAUACAAAGUAAUUCUUGCAAAAUGUCUGGAGCAGGAACUAAAACUGAGAAAGCAGACCUAGCUCCAGUGUCUUACUUGCCUGGAGAUACAAAGUUGAAAAAAGAAAAAGAGUUCAGCAUUAUAAAGAUAUCUGAAAAAGAAGAUCCAGGCCAGAGUCCCAUCACUUUAGGAAACUUGAUAGAAAGACUUGAAACAUCAAUUUCUGCAAAAGCUUCAACAACAGGAUUACCAUCUGGUCACAGCAAGAAGAAACCUAUUCCUGUGAAGUAUGAAGCUGGAGAUCUUGUGUGGGCAAAGUUCAGCAGACGUCCAUGGUGGCCCUGUAAAAUUUAUCAUGAUCCUGUGUUAGAUACUCAUACAAAAAUGAAAGUUUCCAAUCGUAGACCAUAUCGGGAGUAUUAUGUGGAAGCCUUGGGAGAAUCAUCUGAAAGAGCCUGGGUUGUAGGAAAAGCUAUUGUAGUUUUUGAAGGAAGACAUCAAUUUGAAGAAUUGCCUGUCCUUCGGAGAAGAGGGAAACAAAAAGAAAAGGGCUACAAGCACAAGGUUCCCAAGAAAUUUAUGGCUAAAUGGGAGAUAAGUGUUGGACUUGCAAACGAAUGUCUCAAGCAGAGUGAUACUCAGAAAUGCAGCCAGACUUCUGGUCAUCCAGACAAUGAAAAAGACAAGGACAUGCAUUUAAUGGGAUUUUGUACCAAUGGCUCCUUAAGUGAAGAGUGCAAGCAACUGAAUGGAUGUUUUAGGUCAUUGGCAUUGGAUUCUAAACAUUCCAUUGAUGAGAAGACAAAGACAUCCAAAUUGCGAAUAAAUAAAAGUUCUGAUAUGAGGAGGAGAGCUAGAAUAAGAAAAAGUAGCACCAAACUGGAGGCAUCCAAGAGAGACAGUGGGGGGAAAGUGCCAGUGAAUAAAGUUAAAAACAUGAUUACUUCAGAUCUGCCAGAUAAACAGGCUUCUCAUGAACUGUGCAGGAUAGCAAAGAGCCUAAUGGGAUCCAAAGGCACUGUGGAAAACUACUUGCUCUCUUCUUUUGGGGAGAGACAAUUUGACAAGAAAUCUGUGAAAACCGAAUAUAAGGUCUCUGAUAGAGACUGCCAGCAGGAGACACCCAAAGCAGACUUAAAGAAAAAGAAAAACCUAACAGGCUUUAUGUGCAGUUCAAAACUACAGCAACACUAUUCUGCAGUUGAUGCUGGAACAGAGAAACAAAUGGAAUCUGAUUCAUCAGAUAAUGGUUCCUGUGAUCUAGACCCUCUUGACCAAAGUAUAGCAGCAGCAGCAGCCCAUACUGUCCUGAAAAAUGGUGAUUCUGUAAAUUACAGAGGGAAGGAAAUGUCUUCGGGGCAAAGAAACAUUAAAUGUUCUUCCUAUGUCUCAAAACCCAUCAAUAGAAGUUGCAAACCUCUGGAAGGCUCUCUAGAUAUAAAUACCAAUGUUGAAGCAGGAGGUGAGGAAUUCCAUGAGCUCUCCCUUGCAGCUGAGGUGGCUUCAGUUUACAGGAGUGACAAUCUAACCCUUGUAGAUAAGCACACUACACUCCAAAGCAAAGGGUUUACAUGUCAAAUGGAUACAAAACAGCCUCAGCUCAGAAGUACAAAAUGCAAACAUAAAGGAACUGCUGCUGGGACAGACUCUUCUCUUAAAGAAGAUGAAUGUAGCCCCAAAUGCUGCUUUCCUGCUGCCAAAGGUUCUCCUGAGUCUCAUUUAGAUACACCUGCCAAAAGUGGGAAGGUCGAUGCCCCAAAACUGCUGAACAGCCCAAAUGAGAAAUCCCGUGAUUCUGCUGAAAUAGAAACGGCAGUAGUGAAGCACGUGCUUUCAGAACUGAAGGAGCUGUCUUAUAGGCCCAUGAAAGCUGAAGCUAAAGACUGUGGGCCAGCUAAGACCACAGGGCCCUUGCUCUUUUCCUCUGUCUCUGGGCAGAAUCACUUGCCUAUUGAGCCCGAUUAUAAAUUCAGCACCUUAUUAAUGAUGAUCAAGGAUAUGCAUGAUAGUAAGACAAAAGAGAAACAAAUAAUGACUACUCAGAACAUAGUAUCUUAUAGGAGUCCUAACAGCGGUGAUAGUUCUGGAAGUAACACUCCAAGUGAUUUGACAUCUUUGCCUACAAUGGGAUCCUCUCAUAAAUUAGAAAAAAAACAAGAUAGUGUCCAAGAACCAGAGUGUCAAAAACCCAAAGAAGGUCAGUCCUCUUUUUCACAUGGUAUCGCAACCAAGUUGAUCGAUCCUGGUGCUAACAAAAGAGAACUCACAAAUGCUACUGUUUCUGGUACAAACUGCACCACAUGGCGCAGCUGUCCAAAAUCUAAGCAUCUGUCCAAACUAGUAGCUAAUGCAACUUCAAAGAGCAAGUCACUAAUCCGAUUAUCCAGUACAGCUGAGGGUAUGCCCCGUCAGCAUAGAACUACUCAAGGAUCAGUUGUUAGGCCUCUAAAAAUUGACAAGGAAGAUAUUGUGAGGAAGGUAUCUUGGGAGUUGAUGGGACAAUCCCCUGAUGAAGACUCUGCAAGUUCCUCUGAUGGCAGUUUAGUUCAUAUAAGAAUGAAGUCAGAAUCUGAUAAAAAAAGAGAGAGCUGCAGCUCCCUUGAAAAUGGGGAGUGCCUAGAGUUGGAUUCAGGACUGAAUAAAGAAGGCUCCUUGAGUGAUGAGCCUAAAGAUGUAAGCCACGUAGCACCCAAAAAGCGAUGGCAGCGUUUUAACCAAAGCAGUGCUAAAGCUGUAGCAGAGUCAGAAAAGAAACGCCUUAGAAAGCCAAGUAAACGGCUUCUGGAAUAUGCAGAAGAAUAUGAUCAUAUAUUUGCACCUAAGAAAAAAAAGAAGAGCCGGGACUCAUUUCGGAAGGCAAGUUCUGUAGAAAAGCCUGAAAGCAAACAGGAUUGCAGCAGUGGCAAGCAAAGUCAGAAUAAACAUCUAGAGAAGAAAUUCAUGGAUUCGGUUUCACCUGCUUCUUCGUCUAAAGAAUCUCCCCCAAUCCUUGAAGCUGAACGUUGUCUGACAGAUGACCCUGGGCCUGAUUCCAUGGAACCAAGGUCUGAAAUGCCUGUGUUGACAUUGUCUUCACCAAAUGUGUUGGAAACUGCAGCUGUUUCCCCUUCGCAGGGAGAGGAGCAGUUGGUGAAAUCAGGGAGCUUUGAGAGCAAGCGUCAGAGGAAGCCAACAAAAAAACUCUUGGAAUCCAAUGAUUUGGAUACCACAUUCAUACCAAAGAGAGAGUGGACUUCUAUAAAGAAGUGUUCUGAGGCUGGUCCUUUGGAUACUGAAAUGUCUGAGUUGUAUUCCACACCUCAGUUUCUGGAUACAGGUGAAGUUCCUGAAAAGGCUCCAGCAAAACAGAGAAAGCGAAAGCGGCAGUGGCGAACUCUGUCUGCAGUUCCAAAUAAAAAAGAGAAGGGUGAAGAUGUCCUGGGAGAAACCCCAAACUCAGAGGGAGAUAGAGCUAUUCAGGGGGCAGCAGGAAGCCCCAAGGACACUACUGAAGAAGGCUCUGAAAAUGACCAUGGAGUGCCUUCAUCCAAAAAGAUGCAGGGAGAGCGUGGAGGAGGAGCUGCCCUCAAGGAGAAUGUGUGCCAGAUCUGUGAAAAACCAGGUGAGCUGUUAUUGUGUGAGGCUCAGUGCUGUGGUGCAUUCCACCUGCAAUGUCUUGGGCUCUCAGAAAUGCCCAAGGGCAAGUUCAUCUGCACUGAGUGUUCCACAGGGGUGCACACAUGCUUUGUAUGCAAGAGCAGUGGAGAAAAUGUGAGGCGGUGCUUGCUUCCUUUGUGUGGGAAGUACUAUCAUGAAGAAUGUAUACAGAAAUAUCCUCCCACUGUCAUGCAGAACAAGGGCUUUCGAUGUUCAUUGCACAUCUGUAUGACGUGCCAUGCAGCCAACCCUACAAAUGUGUCUGCAUCUAAAGGUCGCUUGAUGCGUUGUGUUCGAUGUCCUGUUGCCUACCAUUCAAAUGAUUUCUGCCUUGCUGCUGGGACAGUGAUUCUUGCUUCCAAUAGCAUGAUCUGCCCAAAUCAUUUUACCCCUCGAAGAGGCUGCAGAAACCAUGAGCAUGUAAAUGUCAGCUGGUGCUUCGUCUGUUCUGAAGGUGGGAGCCUUCUGUGCUGUGAAUCUUGCCCUGCUGCAUUCCACCGGGAGUGUCUGAACAUCGACAUGCCUGAAGGGAGCUGGUAUUGUAACGACUGCAAGGCCGGCAAGAAGCCCCACUAUAAGGAGGUGGUUUGGGUGAAAGUUGGGCGUUACAGGUGGUGGCCUGCUGAGAUUUGCCAUCCUAGGACCAUUCCUGUCAACAUUCAAAAGAUGAAACACGUCAUUGGUGAAUUUCCUGUGUUGUUUUUUGGAUCAAAUGAUUACCUUUGGACACACCAGGCUCGAGUGUUCCCCUAUAUGGAAGGAGAUGUGAGCAGCAAGGACAAGAUGGCAAAAGGAGUAGAUGGCAUUUACAAGAAAGCUCUGCAGGAAGCAGCUGUAAGAUUUGAAGAGUUAAAGGCUCAGAAGGAACUGAGGCAGCUACAGGAAGACAAAAAAAAUGAUAAGAAGCCUCCUCCUUACAAACACAUCAAGAUAAACAGGCCUAUAGGCAAAGUGCAGAUCUUCACUGCAGACCUAUCUGAGAUACCACGCUGCAACUGCAAGGCAACUGAUGAAAACCCCUGUGGCCUAGACUCAGAGUGCAUUAAUCGCAUGUUGCUGUAUGAGUGUCAUCCAGCGGUAUGUCCAGCUGGGGAACGCUGCCAAAACCAGUGUUUCACCAAGAGGCAGUACCCAGAAGUAGAAAUCUUCCGCACGCUAGCCCGAGGUUGGGGCUUGCAAGCUAAAAGAGACAUUAAAAAGAGUGAAUUUGUGAAUGAAUACGUUGGAGAACUGAUAGAUGAGGAGGAAUGCCGGGCUAGAAUCCGCUAUGCUCAAGAGCAUGAUAUCACCAAUUUUUACAUGCUGACUUUGGACAAGGAUCGGAUCAUUGAUGCUGGACCAAAGGGCAAUUAUGCUCGAUUCAUGAACCAUUGCUGCCAGCCAAACUGUGAGACUCAGAAGUGGUCAGUGAAUGGAGAUACCCGGGUUGGCCUUUUUGCCAUCACAAACAUCAAAGCAGGGACUGAGCUGACUUUCAACUACAACCUGGAAUGUUUGGGGAAUGGGAAGACAGUUUGCAAAUGUGGUGCUCCAAACUGCAGUGGUUUCCUUGGAGUGCGACCAAAGAAUCAGCCACCUGCUACUGAAGAGAAGUCCAAGAGGUUCAAGAAACGACAUGGGAAGCGCAAGUCACAGGCAGAAAUCAUGAAGGAGCGGGAAGAUGAAUGUUUCAGCUGUGGGGAUGGAGGACAGCUGGUUUCUUGUAAGAGGCCAGGCUGUCCCAAGGUGUACCAUGCAGACUGCCUCAACCUGACUAGACGUCCUGCAGGGAAAUGGGAGUGUCCUUGGCAUCAGUGUGAUGUAUGUAACAAAGAAGCAGCUUCUUUUUGUGAGAUGUGCCCCAAAUCCUUCUGCAAACAGCAUCGAGAAGGCAUGCUAUUCAUCUCUAAAUUGGAUGGACGCCUGUCAUGUACAGAACAUGAUCCUUGUGGCCCUAACCCUCUAGAACCAGGAGAGAUUCGUGAGUAUGCGCCUUCCGCAGAAUCAGCAGCUGGCUGCAAAAACACUGAGUCAUCAGACCAGCAGCCUUCUGCUACCAACCCCAAAUCUCAGCCAUCAGAGAAGCUACCUCUGACUGUGGCCCUGAGGCUGCAGCCCUCAGAUAAACCACCUUCCUCUUCAUUGGCUCUGAGAUUAAAAUCCUCAGAAAAGCCACCUUCCUCGGUUGCACUGAAGCUACAGCCCUCAGAUAAAGCACCUUCCACAGUGGCACUGAGGCUACAACCAUCAGACAAACUAUCCUCCACCUUAGCCCUGAGUUUAAAACCUUCAGACAAAUUGCCCUCUACCUUGGCUCUGAGGUUAAAGCCCUCAGACAAAUUAUCCUCUGCCCUUGCCCUUAGAUUACAAUCAUCUGACAAGCCACUCUCUGCUGUGGCUCUUAGGCUACAUCCCUCAGAAAUAUCACCCUCUGCUGUAGCUCUGAGGCUACAGCCCUCUGAAAAACUAGCCUCCACUAUAACCCAGAAGUUGCAACCCUCAGAAAAGCUAUCCUCCACUGUAGUUCAUGAGUUACAGCCCUCAAACAAGCAGCCCACCACAGAGGCAUCAGGAACACAGGACAAGAAGCCUGCUGUAGAAGCGUCAGGAUCUGAGACGUCAGACAGAAUUCCUGCUUCAGAGACGCUAGAGCCUGAGAUGCCAGAUAGGUCACCUUCUGCAGACACAACUGGGACCCAGAUGUUAAACAAGCCAUCUGCCACAAAGACACCAAAGCUCCAGGUGUCGGACAGCCUUUCAGAGCCUGAAUCUCUGAAAUCUCAGCCAUUGGAAGGGGCCACUUCUGUAGGUCCCCUGCCUCAACCAUCAGGCAAGUCUGUCACUCCUGUGAGCCUGAGAUCUCAGUCAGCAGUCAGGCCAGCCACUCCUAUAGCCCUGAGGUCUAAACCAUCAGAAAAACCUAUGGGAUCAUGGUCUCAGAUGCCCAACAGGCUUUCUACCCCAGUGGAUACUCGGUCUGUGCCAUCAGACAAGCCUUCUACCACCACAGGGCUGAGACCUCAGCUGUCAGAUAGGCUUCCCACCCCAUUAAGUCCAAGGCCUUUGCUGUCAGAGAAAGCACUGAGGCCUGUUGACCAGAAUGCUCAACCAAAAGAAAAAAACUCUGUGAGCAUGGAGCAGAAUCCUCAACCAAAAGAACAGACAUCUGUAUCUGAUGAGCAAUCCCGUAGGCCUACAGGGAAACUUUCAACAUAUGCGGGACAAACAACCUGCCCCGUAGAGAACUUGCAAAUACGUGAGCAGACCUCUUGGCUCAGUGCAAAAGGACUGUCAUCUACAGAACAAUCACUUUGGACAGCUGAGAAACUGCAGGCUCCAGAGCCCAGUCUUUGUCCAAGCCAGGAAGUGGCCCCUGCAGCUCCCACGGAGCAGACAUUUUGGCCAACAGAAAGACUGUGUGCAUUUGAGCAGCCUCCUUGGCCUGCAAAAGAAGCUCCACUUCCUUCUGGGCAAACUUCAUGGCUGACCAGAAACAUUCAGACAUUGGAGCAGAUCUCUUGGUUGUCUGGGAAAGCACAAACACCUGUGGGGCAGGACAUUUUGCCUUUGUCUGAACAAAAUUCGGUGCUAGUACUGAACCAGGACUCUCCUGGCCAUGAACCUACUGAGUCUAAACCUAAAUGAAGCCAGUUUAUGAGACCAGACGGGUCACCAUUAUUGGGUUGUUGUUUUUUUAAUUGUCUAGGGAAGGGUAUUUUGUUUUUUUUGGUUUUUUAAAUUUUACUUCCCCAGACCCUUAACUUUCAACACAUCCACCUACCCAAUUAAGAUCUUUACUGAUACACUUAUCUAAGUCUGAGUGAUGCCCAGCCAAGGAGCAAGAAUGUAGAUGGUCUGUUCCUCCUUCGUUUUGCAAACAAUAAAGCUGAAAUAAUGAAUUCCACUGUGGAUAGAAUUUCUAAUGCCAUUGAAAUAAUCGAAUUACUAGUCUUGCAUGUCUGAGGGCGGGAUAUAAAUCCAAUAUCUUCAUCUUCUUGAGUGACAGGCCUGCACUUGAAAAUGCAUUUCCUAAAUAUUUGUAAGCAGUUUGUAAUUUCCUUCCAUCUGUUCUUGCUAGAUGCAAGUCAGCAAUUCUGCACUGCCACGUCACAUUUCCAAAACAAUUAAGGGGUCACUGCAGUUAUAGGUCAGAUGAAGGGAAGAGACUUUAUACUUUCUCUACUUCUCUUUCCUCCCAGUUGUUUUAGGGGUGUUUGCUUGAAAAUAUGCUGCCAGUGCAAAACUUGUCAAAGUGCAGGUGCUUUUCUUGAAAGGGAAAAUAAAAAAGCUUGAUGUUACUUGAAGUUACUUGAGAAGCCCAAGUCUGCUAGGCAGGACAAUUCCCUGCACCGUGGCUGACUGAACCUACAAAUGGAAGUGGGAAUAAAUUAAAAAAUGUCAUCAAUCAGUAUUCUUAUUUUUGGGAGUUUAACCCUUUGGUGCAGUCAGAGCUGCCACUUCACCAGAAAUUUGACCGCUGAGGGCCACAGCAAAAGUAUGCUGCAGAAAUUAGUAAGUCUCUCUUCUGGAUUUUGCAAUGUGUCAUUGCUAUUUUCUAGUUUUUUUCUCUCCCCAAAUCCAUUCUCUUUGUAUCAGCAACUGUUUGUCAGUGAAGUUGAAUGAAAUGAAUCAUCUCACCCUUCUCCAUUGCAAACAUGUACUUAAGAGUUCUGUUUGCAUUGCAUGCUAUAGUCCUGGCAGCUUUGGUGUAUUGCUGUUGCUAAAGUAUAACUUAAUUCAGAAGAUAAGACAGAACUGAUUGCCUGUUUUGGGGGGGAGGGAAAUGACCUAUAUGGAAUUUUUUAAAAACUCUUAUCCAGCUUAGCCUUUGGCUUAAUGCAUCUCUCAUGUUACCAAAAAUACUGAAAGAAGACUUGAAUUAACUGGGCUACACUGAAGAGUCUCUGCAUGCCAGAAACAGAGAUCCUCCUAAGACUAUAGUUCUCACACUGGAACACAAGGGCUCCAGCAUCUGGCUGAGAUCUCUGUUCUUUUCUCCUUAUUUUUCAUUCAAGGCAGCCUUUUAUGCCUGGUCAAUUGCCAGGCUGGUAUUCUGUGUAAAUCUGGUUGUGUUACCCAACCAGACAGCUAUGUUCCCUGAAGACAGAAGAGUGGCUUGCUAUGGUAUUGAUCAGGUAUUACUGUGGAAUUAUACCUGGGGAAUCAGAAAAAUUAUUAUUUGGGGCUGAAUAUGACCAUUUUUGCUAUUCUUGAAUGUAGGAGAGCAGUCAGGCCCAUCAUGCAGGUACCUCUCAUACUGAUUUCAGCUCAAUCCUAACCAAAAAAUAGCUCUAUUCCUGCAUAGCCACUGUCACUCUACUUGCUUGGCAGUUGGAGUCUGACCAUGUGUCAUGCUCCGGCUUCAGAUAGCAAACUUGGCCCACUCCCAUUUGACCUCCCUAGUUUUUCAAGCUUUUGCUCAGAGUAGAAGUCCUAAUUGUAUCCUAACCCACAUCCUCUCACAUGGGAACAGAUAAAGCAGGGUAAUUCAGGUCUGAUAGGCAUUUGCCAGAAUUAGUUUAUGCUUUCCAGGGUGCUGGGCAAUGGAAAACAUUCCCUCUGCUAUUGUGCAUCUUAUCCUUUUCUCUGCAUCAUUUCAUCUUUUCUGAGUACGACUGGUAACUUUGCAAGGCGUUACGUGGAAUCUUAGUGCUUCAAGCUAGUUCUCCAUGAAGAACUACAGGCCAAGCACAGCUGAAACUAAGGAAAUGCAAAUGCCUUUGUUUCUGCAUGACUCCUAUACGGAGGAAAACAGGACAGCUCUUCAGAAUGAAUAAGACAGAAACAAGAAACCAAGGGCAUUUUACUAAAGCUUUUCUUAAGCAAUGAAAAGAUCACUUUCUUUGCAAGCCAACUGAAUCAUGAGGCUCAGUAUAUUUAAUAUUUCUCUUGUGUGGAAAAAAAAGCUCUAAAAUUUUACAUAUCUAGACUUUCCCGUGAGCUGGACCGUCAUGUAGAUUGUGUGUUUAGGGCUUCCUUUGUGCCAGCCCCUCCCCUCUCCCCAGCCAACUGUUCCUGUAACAAGAAAAUACCUGCACUGCUUUGUCCAACUCUGUUCUUGCAAUGUCAUGUGUUUUGACUAGCUAUUUGUUUCAUGGGGAAAAAUAAACUGUGAAUAUUUUUGGUGGAGGCUAUUUUAAAUCUUUAAAGCAGAGCAAAUUUCUCUAUGAAUGAAUUCUCCUAAGUGCAGGUUCCAGGGAACAAGUGGUGUGAUAACGGUAGCAAAGGUGGUCCAUACAGCAGUAACACAUAAUUGAGUUUGUGGCUUGAAAUUAUCAUUUAAAUUAGGUUGGAUUUUUUUUUUUUUUUUGCAUUUCAAACGGAUUGCUGGACAUCUCCCUUCAUCCUUUCCUUCUCCCUCAAGAGCUUCUCUGUACAGAUUCAUUUUUACAGCCUACUCGUUCCCUGAUCAGUACAUUUCUUGGAAACAAGAAGCUGCCAAAUUAAGCAUCUGCAGUAGAAACUGUGUCAUAGAAAUGUACAUGGGAGAAUAUGCAGUGCAUGCUUAUAGUACUACAUUAUCCACUACAGAGAGCACCAUUCCAAGUACAGUGUCUGAUUAAGCUAAAUGAAGAAAUCACAAGGCCAAGCUUAGAGAAGCAUUCCUACAGAAACCAGAAUUGGCACCAACUCUCUGAAUGCAAGGCAGACGUAAAUACUUCCUCUCUGGAAUGGGAAAAAUUGCUUACUCACGUAAGGCAGAACAGUCUAUCAGGACAAACAUCAACCAAGCAGAGACUGAGCACUGUAGCAUUCUGAGAAACCCUGAAUGUGAAAGACUGUCCAAAAGGACACAGGGUAAAAGAGUAAUGUGAUUAUCUAUUUGUGUAGAUCAUCAUGCUUGGUAUGACAUGGAACAUAUCCCUGUCAUUUUGUCCUUUCCUAGCCUGGAUCAGCUGCUGUUGCUUCAAACUGGGCUGCCAGCUAUUCUACUGUUGCUUGUGCAGUACUUUGCUAGACCACAGUAACAAGCACCUGGUGUUUAAGCUGUCAAUCUUCCGCCUUGAUUUCAUAUUCCAUGGGGAAAACUGGGUCCUCAGCUGCUGAGAUCUAAUUAGAAAGAGCUUUACACAUUUCCCAGCCUCUGUCAAUAUAGGCCAGAUUCUUUUGUUUGGUGAUGUAUGGAUCAUUCAAAUAAGCAGAAUUGCAAAUGUUUAUUUCAUACCUUAGACUAGGGAGACUAUAGUCGCUCAGCCCCUCCCAGGCUCAUCCAGUUAUUUCCCAACUUUUUUUUUUGUAUCCUUAAGGACUAUGAUGUUUGCAAAGAAAAAGGUGAAACUUGAGGUACUCAAGAUGCCAAUUGCUAUAUACUUGUGCAUAAUAUACAGAAUUGCAUAAUAUACAGAAUGCAACCAGGUUAAUGGGAGAAAUUAUUUAUAAUGGAGCAAUUUCUCUCCCCCCCAAAAAAUAUAAAAACAUGUAGCAGUAAUCCAAAGCAAUAUUACAAAUAUGUUAAUUACUGCAUCUCUGUGAGAAACAGAACAAGCCAGAAUCUGUAUAAAACUGACUUGAAAGUGAAGCAAACAAACUAGUCUUUCCAGACUUGCAUUCUUAUUGGCCUCCUGAGAAUGUGGAAUUGUUGUCCAGUUUCUUUAAUCACCAUCCUUCCUACAGUAGAUGUACACUGAAGUCACAAUUCUUGUGCGGGGCUACAAGGUUCUAUAUUGUCUUUUGAUAGAAAAACAUGCAUGUCAGUCAUCGAACAAUAACUGCAGAUUCCUCUGAAAGGCACAAAUUCUUUAGUUGUUUCUUGACGUUUGUAUUAUUUAGGGGAAAGCAGCACUUUGAUUGGAAAGUCUGUAGUUGCUUAUCUUGAUCUUGGAAUAUUUGCAUCAUUGCUGGAAAGAGAUUAGCAGCUCCACAUUAUAAAACUAAAUUCUGUUCUCACAUUGCCCCCUGUGACUUCAGCCUUAAUACUGCAAAUUCCCUUCCUUUCUCCAGUGCUAUGCUAUGGCCUGAUGCAUGUUAACAAAAGCCAGGCAGGCUAGAUAUGUAGGAAAAUGUGGUUCAGCUUUGAAAGAUCUGGCGAUCCCAGUGCUAAAAGUAACUGCAGUGGCCUUUGAUUGUCUGGAAAGCAUUGCUGUCGUUAUUAUUCUGUGGAUGCUAAGCGUGCUACAGUGUAUAUGCUUUGAGAUGUAUAGUUUGUAGAGGAGGACUGGACUUUUCAUUUGAAAGUGGAAAUUUGGAAUAGGCAUUUAAACAUUCCGCACAUUUUUGUGCUGAAAUAGAUAAGGACUUUCUCCCAAAAUCUGUAUAGCUUCUUUCAGGCCUAUAUGAUACCACAACUUUGUCACCAACCUGUUGCCUAUGAGGGGGCCAGUAAUGUGCAAAGUAUAUUCUAGUGUUUUAACAAGGGUUGCAUCUACAGGUACCUAGGAUAGCUUCAUUCUGAGAGCAAGAGAUUUCAGAGUACAUUUCACAAAAAGUGAUGAAAUAGAAAAAUAAUAAUGGCCACAUUUUUUCCCUUUUGACUUCUAAGUUCCCAAUUUUCAGGAAAGCAGGGUCAAUGUAUAUAUGACACCUACUUCCCAUUGUUCUGAUUCUCGGUAUUGGUGCAGCAGGUUUUUUUUUUAAGUGUGCUUUUGCUCACUCAUGCACAUGUAUAGGUAUACAUUCUUUUACAGCUUUGAUUAUUUAACAAAACUGUCCAUGAUAAAACAUUUAUAUAGGUCUCCUUUGUAUUUUCCAUAUGGCAAAUGCCAUACAGCAGGUGGAGCAAGGAGAGAAAAGAGUUCAUGCAUCUCUGAUAUUGCUUGGUCCAAGAAUGAUGUCUGCUGCAAACAGAGAGAUGGUCCCUGAGACAGCUAGAAAUGGAAAAGGGUUAAAAAUAGUAGGUUCUCCCCACUCCUUUAAAAUAAAAUGAAAGAAAAGAAAAGAAAACAAAGAGACCAGGCUGGGAAAUGAGCAUUAAGCAGUGCUGACAUGAAUGAGUGGAGGAAGAUUGUUUUUCCAAGCGAUUUUGUGUUGCUUCAUCCUUCUCAGGCAUGCUUGUUGCUGAUUCUGGAAAGCACCUCAGUGGGAGUUGUGGCUGAGCAGGGCUGUUUCAAGAGGAGGACUGAACUCCUGUUCUGCAGUGACUCUCCAGAGUUUAAUCUUUAUGUUUCUGCAUGGAUAAUGAGAGGGAAGUCAACGGAGCAUAUGCUGGUGUUAGUGACAGCCAAGCUUAAUGUAUGUAUUCAAAACUACCCAAUUCUCAUCUGUGUAAUCUACAAAAGGAUUAAAGAGCUGGCAAGGGAAAUGUUUAUAGUGUCUGUAUUAAGAGAAGGAGUAUUGGAUCAUUACUUUCAUUUUGGUCUCCUUAUAGCCAGUUGACUGUAUGUGAAACUUACUAUAAUGGAAAACGUUGCCCUACCCAGGUGUUCCCGGAAUAUGUACUGUAAUUCUUUGUAUAUAAAAGAAAGCAAUUACUGUAAAGUAAAGUUUAACUUUACUCUU